GUGUCACAAGAGCGCAGCGCCAAAAAGCCACGUUCCGCUAACGCUCCGCGUGCGUUCAUUCAUCUGCAGAUUCGGAGAGACGUUGAAGUCGAGUCGGGAUCUGUGACGGCUCUACAUGGCAGUCAGAAGGGGACACGUUAGAUACUUAAAAGAGGUGUACGACAUGUCGAACGGUUACGAAGACCACAUGGCCGAUGAGCUCAUUGACUCCAAAACCAACCUUAUCGUCAACUACCUGCCUCAGAAUAUGAGCCAGGAUGAGCUGCGGAGUCUCUUCAGCAGCAUUGGGGAGGUGGAGUCUGCUAAACUUAUUCGAGACAAAGUAGCAGGCCACAGUUUAGGGUACGGAUUUGUUAACUAUCUUAACCCUAAUGAUGCAGAAAGAGCAAUCAGUACUCUCAAUGGACUGAGACUACAGUCUAAAACUAUCAAGGUGUCCUAUGCCAGGCCAAGCUCUGACUCCAUCAAGGAUGCUAAUCUUUACAUCAGUGGGCUGCCUAAAACAAUGACACAGAAGGAUGUUGAAGAAAUGUUCGGACGUUAUGGUCGAAUAAUCAACUCCCGUGUUCUUGUUGAUCAGGCAUCAGGGCUCUCUCGUGGUGUGGCUUUCAUUCGAUUUGACAAAAAGGCAGAGGCAGAGGAUGCAAUCAAGGACUUGAAUGGGCAGAAACCACCAGGCGCUGCUGAGCAGAUGACUGUGAAGUUUGCAGCCAGUCCCAACCAAGUGAAAAACACACAAGUUAUUCCCCAGGUGUAUCACCAACAGUCUCGCCGCUUUGGAGGACCCGUCCACCACCAGGCCCAGAGAUUCAGGUUCUCUCCGAUGAGCGUGGACCACAUGAGCGGCAUGUCUGGUGUAAACGUACCUGGAAACUCCUCAUCAGGCUGGUGCAUCUUCAUCUACAACCUGGGCCAGGACGCAGAUGAGGGCAUUCUGUGGCAGAUGUUCGGGCCUUUCGGCGCAGUCACAAACGUCAAAGUGAUCCGCGACUUCAACACCAACAAGUGCAAAGGAUUUGGGUUUGUUACCAUGACACACUACGAAGAGGCCGCCAUGGCUAUUGCCAGUCUCAACGGCUACCGUCUCGGGGACAAGAUUUUACAAGUGUCAUUCAAAACAAGCAAGUCGCACAAGUAGAAAGCAGGGUUUGCCUGCAAAAUGAAGGAGAGGGAGGGGGGUUUCUGCGAUGCCAGAGAAAUUGGCAGUUUUGAAAAACUAUUAUUUUAGUGUAUAAUCAAGUCUUUGCAAAUGUUCACGUUUUCUCAGUCUCGUUUAGACAUCUGUUUGACAGGUUAUUUUUGUUUCUUUUAAGAUUCAAGCUGUUGGAUGCUUCAAAUGCAAGUGUUUUAGGUGUUCUGGUUCAUCCCAAUAUUUGACCAAUUUCGCAUUUGAUACAAAUUUGUCUCCGAUGUUAGCCUGAUAUUGUUGCUACGUGCCAUAUAUGUGGCCAGAUGCCUCGUUCGCCAGAUGCUGGAUUUAAAAUUGAGAUCUUAACUUUUUAAAUGUUUCGUCAGUAUCCACAUCCUACAUUGUUCUUCAGUAUUUACAAUGCCUUAAUUUGAUGACGGUUGUCCUCUUUGCUCUCAAUAAUGUAGCACUUUUUGGUUUGGCAAGAAACAGCAGCAGAUCAUUCGUUCAUUGCAAUCGGAGUUUUAAAUCCAGCAUGCUGAGUGUUUCACAGAAAAGAGGCAGUGGCAAAGGAAGCCGAGUGUCUAUGAAUUGCCUGUGUUCAGUGAGGGGAAAAGUCUUUAACUUGUUAAUUGUUUGUAAGGGACCCUCUGAAAAGACUGAUAUCUUAGAAGGACCAAAGACAUGAAUAGAAAGUUUAGUUUCUCCCCGGCAGAGGUGCAGCUUGCACAUCUCUGAGCAUAUUCCAAAAAUAUAUUUGGACAUCUAAAUACUAGGUACUGAGUAUUUAUGUAAAAAUGUUAUUACAUUUGAGCAUCAGCAUCUUCUGUUUAUGGUUUGCCUUUUUUUUGUUUUUUUUUCUCUAGACUAAAACAUACUUUGAGUUUAGUUUGGUUCUUUGAAAAUAGAUAUACAGUACUAAUGCGUAUGCUUUUUAAGACUGCCUUGUGAUUUAAUUUUGUGUUUUGUUCUAUUAGUUUUUCUUUCUUUUUGUUAAUUUUGCUUUUGUCUUUCCUUUUGAACCCUUUCUUUUUGUUUCACAUGGCAUUUACAAUCAUUAAAUUUUAUUUCGUUUUGCUCAACCUUUUUGUUUCUUUCUUUUCUUUUAAUUGGUUCUUUAAUUUCUCCAUUUCUACACAGCACAUUUUCACACUUCCAGAGUUUUUACUCAAGGAUCUCAUUUAAAAAUACACCAUAUAUCAUGAGUAGAAGACCAUAAGCGUUUGUUAUUUUCAGGCAUUGGACCAAAUUGUAAAUGUAUAACUUUAGCUAUAUGACAACGGUUGAUUUGAUUUGGCCAAUGGACUGCUUGCUAUUUAUUCGUAAUAUUUUCCAGAGGCGUUCAUCCCCUCGAUUGAGCAGUGGUGGAUGAAACAGGAAUACAGGUUCACAUCAUGUAUGAAAUUCACAAUCUUACAGUUGUACAGUCGUGUUCCCCCUGAGGUCUUCCAAAAUCCUGAGUAGUUUCUGUAGUAAGACACCCCACAUCAAUUUCCCAGGAUGCCUCUUAUGUCCGAAUGAUCAUUUUCAGCACAGACAGUUCUUAUGCUCCUGCUACAAGACUUAAGGUUGGUAUUGUGUGUAUGUGUGCGUAUAUUUAUAUUAUCAGUGACUGACAUUAAUCCUAAUUGUCUGUUUUUGUACAGUGAUGCACUAUAUACAUAUAUAUAUAUAUAUUAUCUCGUCACGUUUGUAAUAAGCAGCCGUUUACUAUACUCUGAUCAACCGGCAUCAUCUGUUACUUAAUGGUUUAUGCAAACCUAUUAGCAGCUUUACAGACACUGUUGGUUACACCACAUUGAUAUUAAACACUUUUAACCUUGGCAUUCUCUUGUGCACAUUUUGGCAUAUGUGCAAUAUUGAAUAGUGAUUACACGUAGUAAAUAUGGCAAUCCUUUUCCCUUUGCAACUUUUUAAUGUCUGAAAGGUUAAAUCGGCCAAUGUUUAAGAGGUGCCAGCUGUAAGAAAUAUCAGGUAGGAUUUACUGGAUGGUUGCUCGUUUUAAGCCUUAAUUUAUGUAGGAAAAGAUGGAAGAGUUCUGAAUGGUUGGAAUAUUUAUUUAGCAUCUCGUGUAUGGUUCUAUGUGUUGAUAUUGAGUGUCUUUAUUUUUUAAGUAAAUACUUUUUGGAUUCUACAGUGAACAUCUGUCAUGAGCUGCUGUCUAACAUGUAGUUGUGAAAUAAAACAAUGGGCAUCAUCGCAAA